AUGCCUAUACAUGAUACGAGAGCAGACAUCAAUUUUGUUGUUGGGAUGUUGGGUCGAUAUCAAAGUGAUCCAGGAAUAGACCACUGGAAGGCUGCAAAGAAAGUGUUGCGAUACUUGCAAGGAGCGAAAGAUCAUAUGCUCACUUAUAGAAGAUCUGAUCAUCUUGAUGUGAUUGGAUAUUCAGAUUCAGAUUAUGUUGGUUGUGUGGAUACAAGAAAGUCUGCAUUUGGUUAUUUGUUCCUGUUAGCUGGAGGAGCAAUAUCAUGGAAGAGUGUGAAACAGUCUGUUAUAGCUGCAUCCACUAUGGAAGCUGAGUUUGUGGCAUGCUUUGAGGCCACGAUUUAG